GACUGGCCGACACAUGCUGAAGCAGCAGCCACAGUCGACCACACGGCCCUCCAGCACCAUUAGUGAGGCCUCGACUGCCGUCACUUCUUCAACUCUGGACACCACUUCAGGCUCAAAGGGAUCCAAGUCCAGUGGAAGGGUUCAUAGCUUUGGCAAACGGGAUCAUGCCAUAAAACGGAAUCCCAGUGUUCCUGUAGUGGUACGUGGAUGGCUCUACAAACAGGACAGCUCAGGGAUGCGGCUGUGGAAGAGAAAAUGGUUUGUUCUAGCUGAUUAUUGCCUCUUCUACUACAAAGACAGUCGUGAAGAGUCGGUGCUGGGUAGCAUUCCUCUGCCCAGCUACACUAUCGCUCCUGUAGGACCUGAAGAUCACAUUAGCCGCAAAUAUGCCUUCAAGGCUACACACACAGGGAUGCGCUCCUACAUUUACAAACAAAGCUCUGUGAUUGGCUCGCAGGCGGAGCACACUGGGAUGAGGACGUACUAUUUCAGUGCGGACACACAGGAGGACAUGAAUGGCUGGGUCAGAGCCAUGAACCAGGCUGCACUGAUGCAAACCCAUACAGUGAAGAGAGACGAGUCGGAUCAUCCAGACCAAGUGAACUUUUCUGAGAAACUCAAGCAGCAGGCUGUUCCUCAGACCAACCACAUCAACAGCUACGUGAUUCCAGAGCCCGAGGUCAUCCAAAGUGACGGGCUGCUGGAGGAGAAGCAGGAAGGAUUUGUUGGAGAAGUGGAGAUUCAGGUUGCUCCAAGAGAGAUGGAGCCGGCGAGGGGUAAAUCUCCAGCGAGGAGGAUAGUGGAGGUGGAGGUUUUAGCUCCAGGGUCGACACCAGCAUCCCAAGUUCCCUCUCGAGCUCCUUCAAGGGCCGUCUCGACCCCGCCAGUGCUUAGGAACGGUACGCCCAUAGAGCAGAACGGCAUGCCUGGGUAUCAAAGGGGGCCUACACCGCCUUCUCAAACUCCUAUUCAGGUACAGAGGAGGAGUGCACUGGAGAAGGUGGAGAACUGGGUCAAAGUACAGAAGGAAGAACGCCAGGGGUUUGUAUCUACGGAUGGCACAAUUCGGACCCCUUCCAUUCAUCCGAAGUACGGCACAAUAGACAAAUACCAGUCUUUACCAAAGACCGUGCAGCAAAGCCCACCAACCGCUCACCGUCAGUUGUCCAGUGAAUACAAAUAUUCCCAUGACCGGCUUAAUCACUUCCAGAUGACCCACGGCCACAGCCAGCGACCUGCGACGCACGACAACACUGUGUGGCAGCUCUACGAAUGGCAACAGAGACAGCAGUAUCGCCACGGCAGCCCCACCGCCCCCGUGUACACUCCCGCUCCAGACUACUCCACCGCCGUAUCCUCCACCAGAGUCAACUCAGACGUUGCUCGCUCCAUUUCCGUGCCUCCGACCCUGGCAGAUAUCUCUCCACCUGGGCCUCCUGGGCCCAGACUACUGUCUCCACGCAGACCCCACACGCCUGCAGAACGGCUUACAGUCAAACCUCUGGAGGACAGGCCCACCGUGGAGGUGCCACCAUCAAACUCUCCUCACCGUCUACGCUCCUAUAAGUCGGCCACAAUAGAAAGACGCUCAAUGCCUCCAACCGGCUACAUCACACAUACAGUCAGUGCGCCCAGCCUGCAUGGAAAAACACCGGAGGAGCUCACCCUUCUCCUCAUCCAGUUACGGAGACACCAGGCCAUGAUGGCAGGUGUGCGCAACAAUGCGCUGGCCCACCUCCAGCAGUUGUCUCGGGUGAAGGCUGAUGACACAUACAUGGACUUGAAGAAGGACCUGGAAUAUUUAGAUCUGAAGAUGAAAAGUUUAGAGCCAUUGAUCCUCAUGGUUCACAGUGUGUUACAAACCUGCACUGCGGGGGGUUUGAGACCACUCUGGAACGUGAGUGGGACAGAGACUCUGAAAGGACGGCUGGCAAAGCCAGUGAAGGUGGCAGAAAGUAAUGUAGAUGUGACACUGAGUCGAUUGUGUGAACAAGACAAAAUACUGCAAGAGCUUGAGUUCAGACUCAGUGGACUUAAGGAUGAUAAGGACAAGCUUGAGUCUGUUCUGGAUGUGUCCCACCAGCAGAUGGAGCGGUACAAGGAUCAGCCGGCUCAUGCUGAGAAGAUCGCCUACCAGCAGCGACUUCUUCAAGAGGACCUGGUGCAUAUUCGAGCUGACAUUUCUAGAGUUUCAACGGAGAUGGAGAGAGUGUGGGAGGACUACAGCAGGCUGGAGCAGUCAGUGGAACAGCUGAGGGACGUCCUGCAGACUCAGAUGAAUCUCUGCACAUCACCUCAGGAGAAAAAUCAGUUGAGGAGGGAGCUCUGGAGGAUAGAGGACGUGAUGACUGGACUCAGCUCAUCCAAAGAAACCUUCAAAAUCACCAUAGACUCAGUGAAGAACCCAGAGAGAAAACUUGUGCCUUCAGUGAUCAAGUCGACAGUGCCUUCUCGGUGCACAACCCCAUCCGCAGUUGAGGUGCGGUCACCCCAACGCAGUCUUACCUCCAGUCCGUUAUCACUGCCCAUGUACAAUGAACAUCUUCAGCAUCCUCACUCUGUGCCAAAAUGGGAAGAAGAUGAUGCUCCACCCAGACCACCUUUGCCCCUCCUCUAUGAUGAGGACACACCCCCUGUUGUCCCGCCCCUACCUAAAGAAACAUCGGUCAUCAGACACACUUCUGUCCGUGGCCUCAAACGACAAUCUGAUGAGAGGAAACGAGACAGAGAAAGCAGCAAUGUGAAUGGAGAUUGCAGGGUGGAACUGCGAUCCUACCUGAGUGAACCAGAGCUUCCUGGAGCAGGAACAGAUCAAGUAGACCCAGGCUACCUGACUCUUCAAAGAAGAGUGAGACCAAAGAGUGCCUUGGAGCGGCUGUGCUCGGGAGAGUCUCAGCCUGAUCACCCGCCGCAGAGAGGGAGGAUGAGUGUGGAGGAGCAGCUGGAGAGAAUGAGAAGGCACCAGAGAGCUCUAGUGCGCGAGCGCAAACGUAACUUGAGUCAGGGUGAGCGACAGCCCGUGGGCUCCCGCACCUCCACUCGACCCGUCAGCUCUGACCCAGGACCAGGAUGGGAAAAAGUCAUUGAUUUGCAGCGACCAAAACAGGCCUUGUAUGACGAAUCACAGCGGCUGGGAUCAGAUGAAUGGCUGACUGUUGAGGCCCGGCCAAUGAACGCACAGGAGCUGGAGCCUGUGAACUUUGAGUUUGAUCUUACACGGGAGCUGUGUACGCCACAGAAGGUGUCCAUCCCAGAGAGACUCAUGGAUGUGGCGUUAGAUGAAGACCUGAGUCCAAAAGAGAAGGAGACUCGUUCUCGCACCGUAGCAAAGAUAAAAAGCCUACUGUCUAAGUCGAGUGUGAAGUCUAUGGAUGCCGAGCAGACAAAUUUCAGUGAGCUGGAUGAAGAGCUGCAGCAGCAGGAGAGGAUCAUGAGCGUUCAUCGAGCUCUCGCCACAGAGGCCUCCAUAAAGAGGAAGCAGAUCACCGCCAAAGCCAUGUCUGAGUGCUAAAACGUGUUGAGAAGCUUUCUUGGGAACCCAAAGAUCAAUUGUUUUGUGUGUUUUUUGUACCUAAUACGUAUUUAUAAAUCACAUUCAAUCAUUCAGGUUCUCUGUUGUUCAGAACUUUUUAUAUGUGAGAUUGUUUUUUAUUAAUUUUACUG